AUGGGAGUCGCUCUUGCUUUGGCUGCUAUGUUGCAGCUUUCGCUGGGUGAGGCCUCAAGUCCCCGCGAAUGCCACAACAUCAUCAACAACUGUUAUGGCUACGACCGAUCCGACGUCUGGUUCGCCCUGGCAUACAAGGAGUGCCUCACAGUUUGCCCUCAUGUUGGUCAUGGUGGAGAAUGUCGCGACGAAUGUCAGUGGACGACGGAAGGUUGGUGGAGGGUGAACAGGAUGGACCAGGUCCAGGUUUGCCUGAAAAGGCAGGAAACCUUGUAUGCUUUUUUUCAAUGGAACCGUGACAGAACUCCGGACAGUACCGCCAUCACUUUCCUCACCGGAAGGUAUCGGUUUUGUCUACAGAAGGGAAAAACAAAGGUUCACGAAUUCAAGCGAGAUGGCAGGACCCUUUACUUCGAUAAGCUUGAGGAACAUGAGGCUGAGGAAUGCUGGAGGUUGAGUAGAGAAGCCAAGAUGAGGACCUUUACAAUGGUGGACGAUGGCUCAUACGGCAGUGCCACAAUAAGUGGCUCCUGCGCAGGAAAUGCCAGAUCUACCAACCAGAGCGAGGUCGUGAAAUUCACUGCACCAGAGCUUUUGACGGAAGCUAACUCCACCCUCCCGGACGAGGCCACGCGUGUGCUUGAUGAGGGAAGGGAAAGCGUCGUGGUUUUGAGAAAGGAUCCCCUGACGCAUGCCUACACAGUAGCAGAGAAAGACUAUCCUGAGGUCACCGUUCUGAUCUACUACUGGGACGAGCGGGACGGGCCAAACUUCAACGGUUGGUGGAUCGGCCCCAAGGCUGAGCCACUGCAAAGCGUCGUGGGCGAAUCUGUGUUUGUUGGUGGUGAUCAGGUGUGGUCGCAGAAUGAGAGCAGGUCGGCACCAUCGCCACCGACACUAGGGUGGAAGGUGCCUUGGGAUGGCCCUGUGGAUGCCACGCUCAAGGUUGCCCACGCCGGCGGUGCGCCCCCGGUCGGAGGCAAAGGCUUCCCAGCCCCUGGCAAGGGCGCCCCGGCUUUACCAGCCCCUGGCCCCGUCAACGCCCCUCCCAAAGCCACCCCACCGCCGCCUGUGAGUGCUCCGGGCGCCAUGGGCGCUAUGGUGGGUUUCAAAGGCGGCAAGGGGCCUGGCAAAGGCACCAAGGGCAAGGGCCCAGCGGCUGGCAAAGGCCCUGCCAUGGACCCGGAGGAAAUGAAAAGGAGACAGAUAGAGCGAGAGCAAGAGCAGAAAAAGCGGCAGGAGGACAUGAAGCGAAAAAGAGAAGAGGAUGAAGUCAGAAGAAAGGAGCAUAACGCUGUGCUGGCCGUCCGCAAAGCGAUACAAAAGGUGCGCACAGCCGUUCCCGACAGCUACGAUGCGCUGCGCCUGCAGCUCGAAGAAGCCCUGGCGGCCCAAUUGGAGUCCCUGGGUAGCCAAGCCCCAAAGGUCGGGCAAGAGGCUGAGCAAGCGCUGCAUCAGACGCAACAGCGCCUUGAUGAGAUGCAUGAUAGGAGACUGCAGGAGGACAACUAUCGGGAGCUUGAGGACCAGCGCCGCAAAGAUGAAGUGCAGCAGGCCAUGCUCCUGGAGGCGGAAGCCAAGGCCGCAGCAGAGGAGCAGCAGGGAAAGCUCCAGGAGGCGGAGGAGGUGGCGAGGCAGUUAGAGAACGGGAACCAGGAUCCAGCGAAGAUGCUCAUUGCCGUCGAGGCUGCGGUGAAGUCCAUUGCAGCUGCUCGGGAUGAGGCGCAAAAUGUGCGUCAAGGCAUCCUCGACAAGCAGCGAGGCUUGAGUGAAAGCGAGGCAACGCGAAAAGUCAGACGAGAGGUCGUUGACAUGGCGGCUCGGCUUGGGCGGAGUGUGGGCGCCUUCGAGAGACUGCUCGCCUCUGUCAGCAACCGCCGGCACAAGGAAGAGGGAAAAGCGCUGGCAUUGAGGAAGCUGAACGAAAAGAAAUCCGAGUUUGUGAAGUUCGACCUUGACGGCGACCAGCAACUCAACCGAUCCGAAGUCGAGGCCUACGCCAAGGCGACGUUGGCGUACGAGCUGCCGGCAGAUGUUUUGGACGCCAUAGUGAAGAAGCUGGACCCCGUCACCUUGACGAAGUUCCGGCCACUGCAUCAGAAGUUGUAUAUCGCCAAGUCGGAGAUCCUUGCGCGAAAGGCGCGCUCCGAGGAGGAAAAGCGGCAAGCAGCGCUCAGAGAGACGCGCGCGGCGGCCACCAGCGUUCUCGAGAAGGCGGAGGAUGUGCAGAAGAUUGCGGAAUCUGCUGCCAUCGACGCAGAAGAGAAGAUUCGGCCUGAUGCAUCCGAGAAGCUGGAGGGGGCUCUGGCCGAGGUCGACGCCUUGGUUCAGAAGAUAGACGAGGCCUUGGCAGAUAGCCAGACCCACCUCAAUGACGCUCAGCGCCAGUGUGACGCUAGCGAGGAUCUCAAGAUGAUGGGCUUUGAGAAGACGGUGCAGCGCCUCAGGGCUCGCGAGGCCCGGGUCCUGGCCCGAAGAGACCGCUUGCAGGGCAACGCGCAGUCCUUCCGGGACAAGGCCGUUGAGGAAAUGGGUCCAGGCGCAGCGGAUGGAGAGCAAGACAAAGAAUCGCAACCUUCGUAG